AUGGUCCUGCCUGCUGUGCCCGAGAUCUAUGAGGAGGAGGAUGUCUUUACAGCGGUCGACGCACGCACAGAAUCGCUGCAGAAUUUACGAGAAUUAGGACCUCCGGAUUUAGUCUAUCUCGUCAAGCAAUCCAAGACCAAUCCCACACGCCAGACCGGUGUCUACCACCACGUUACAGGUAUUGAUGCAUCGUCGUCUGCCAGCCUCGCCGCAUACGUCAACACACUCACAUACUCGCCCGUCGAUAAACAAAAUAAGGUGGUCUCAGGGGUGUACUGUUGUUAUAAUGCCUUUUCUCACUUGGACAUGCGAGUAGAGGUCAAGAUUCCUGGCAGUCUUGAGAGCUAUUGUAUCGAUGAGCGUGGAGACAAACGAGUUGCGACCGAAGCCCUGUGGCUGGAGACCUUCCUUUGCGCAGUCCUCAGAUCAUACACAUACGCAGAUGACGGAACGGGCGAUGCAAUCAAGAAAAUCGUUGGUGUUCGCAGAUUCAACCCGGUGACAAACACGGAGAUGGAGCACAAGUUCUUGGACGCCGCGGAGAGAUUAUUUUUCAUGGGACGACAACUCAGUUCCGAACCCGAAACUCAAGUCCCUAAUACCGUCGCAAAUCAUUUAACCUCAGGCCUUCUUAAGUAUAUCCACACUACUGGUCGGUAUGCGUCAGGAAUCAACCUCUUUGAGAAAUUGCGAACAAAGGACGUGGAGGUGUCUUCGCUUCUUGCACGAGUCCUUAUCUCCGCGGAUGAGGAGGUCCAGGCUGUUCGGCUCAUGCAUGACGCUCUCCAAGAUGUCCCCAUGGACUACGCGCUUCUGGACUGCCAGGCCGCUUUCUGUUUAAGUAAAGGAGAAGGAGAGCUUGCACUUGAAUGUGCCAAACGCAGUGUGACUGCCGCACCCAGCGAGUUCAGUACAUGGGCUCGACUUGCCGAAGUAUACGUCACCUUGGAGCAGUGGGACUUGGCGCUCCUGACUUUGAAUUCUUGUCCAAUGUUCACUUAUCAAGAUAAAGAUAUUCCCCGCAUGCCUCCCCCAUCACGAGUUCUUCUCCCUAUAUUGGCGGAAAGUGCGCUAGAUGAGAUUGAUGAAGGCCAGCCCAAACAAGGAGACCCACAUGACUUUGUUCAUCCUUCUCUUCGAAAGCUACAUGCUACCGGAUACCAGGGUACAUUUCUCAAAGCUUACGAGCUGCUCACAAAGAUUGCCGCUGCUAUUGGGUGGGAUCAGCUGUUGAAGAUUCGAAGUGAUGUGUUUGUGAUGGAAGAAGAAUACCGAGUGGAGCGUCAGCAAACGACCAAGCCAAGCCACUCGCAUAAUGCUAGCACCGUUGCACUUCAUCCGCCCCCGAGCCCUAUGGGAGACGCAGCCAGUGAUGCCGAGACGGACGAGGAUCAUUCCGGUGAAGCAAACGGCACUGAAAAUGGGAAUGGUAGCCUUGAGCCAGUUGAACCCAGCAUUGAAAAACCAGAACAGACUGUAGCUUCCGAAACGGUCAAGUCCGGGAAUGAAGAUCCGGAUCCUUCCCACGCCGACUACGCUCAAUUCCAGAACAAACGGCUGUGUGAGCGGUGGUUAGAUAAUCUGUUUAUGGUCUUGUAUGAAGACCUCCGCAUUUACACUAUCUGGCGAUCGGAAAUGGCUCAUUCGCGACACCAAUCGCUUGAGUACAAGAAAACAGCAACCGAGUGGGAGAUUUUGGGAGAGCUGGCUGAGCGACUCCAUCAUUUUGACGAGGGAAUUGAGGCAUACAGGCAAUGUCUGUCGAUACGAUUCUCGCCCAAGGCUAUGCGUGGCAUCUUGAAGCUAUAUGAGAGGCAAGGAGAUACUCGGGGCAUGCUUAAUGCGUUGAUCCGUUUGAUAGCCUGGCAAUAUCGCUGGUAUUCCGAGUUCUCUCCCGAUUUGUUAUUAUUAGUGCGCAAACUCAUUGAAGAGGAAGGCGCGGUCAAAGUCCGCAGCAUCGUGCAAGCGACCAAUCUGCCGCAGCCUGUACUCGACCUGACGCACCAAUACUGCCAGGUGUGUGCUACAUUUCGCAGCACUGGCAGUGAUGUUUGA